AUGUACAUUCCCAACACGCCCUGGACAUGGGCCUUUGCCCUGACGGCCCUCGUCCAGGCCAUUGCUGCCCUGGCCCUGGAGUCAUAUGUUUUUGGCAAAUUCCAGGCUGACCUGCACUUCGCCGGGGACGGUGUCAACGCAGAGACCCGCACCAUCCCCACGUAUCUCGCCGUCUUCAUGUUCGGUUUCAUCUACGAGUGCUUCCUCGUGUGGGACGCCUUGCGCCUGAAGAACACGAUCCAGAUCAUCGGCCUCGUCAUCUACAACGCCGGCAUUCUCAUCUACGCCGCCAUCCAGUUCGACCAGAUCCGCGACGCCGCCGACACCCUCAACAAAGACCAACACAUUACGGCCGACUUUUUUGUGUCUGUCCAACCCAUGCUCAUCGCCCUCCCCUGUCUGAUGGCAGUCGCUACCAUAGCCUUCGCCUUUGAAGCCUGGAAGCUGUACGACGAAUUCGCCUGGUCAAUCUACAAGCACAUCAGCGCCGAUGUGCGGAUGAAGAGGCGCUAUCUGACAUACCAGAUCUACAUCGCCCUCCUCAAAUUCGACUUCUUCUUCUUCCUCGCCUUCACCGUGCAAUUCCUCGUGCUCGUCGACAACACGCGCCGCAUCGAGCAAGGCCUCACCGCCGCCGCCCUAGUCAUAACCUUCUUCCUCCUCUUCACAGCCGCGUGGUGGGUGCGCCGCGAAUCCUUCGGCGGCAUGAUCACCAUCAUCGUCGUCUACUUCAUCGCCAUGGCCUACUUCCUCUUCAAGCUCAUCCGCAUGUACGUCACCGAAGCAGCCCGCCAGGAAGACUACAAGCCCGCGCGCAAAUCCCUGACCAGCUUCGCCGUCCUCACCAUCAUGCUGCUCGUCUGCACUAUCAUCGUCGCGUGCAUGUGCAUCCGCAACUUCAACAAGGGCCUCAAGCCUCAUGUUAACAACAAGGCCGCCAAGGAGGACAAGGCGUACAACACGGAGAUGCCGUCGCUCAGCGGUCCGGCACCAGGGCAGCGCAUGGAAAUUGAUUAG